AUGGCCUCCCAAAACGUCAAGAAAGUCACCAAGACGCAAACUAAUCGCCUACCUGCUCCUGCCCUCUUCGUUGGGCCACCAUCGCACAAUGCUUCCAACACUUCGUUACACGAGAUUCGAUCCCCUACAAAGACGCCCUUAGUCCGCCAACGUUCACUGCUCUCCCCAGAUUCGCAGCGACCUCUUCCACCUACGACAACCAACGAUGGCGACCACCUCAGUCUUACUUCCACAAAUCCUUCUGCGCCCUUCCAACGGCGACAAAGACAGCAUAGCCAAGCAGCAGAUGCCGAAGCAUCGUCACGCGCCGAAGCAAUAUGGGCCGAGAUGCAGAACACAUUGGAGGAGGUGGAGCUGAGCGCCAUCAAGGGACCAGGUAUGACCGUCUUCGGUUCUGAACAUUCCCGAGCCCUUGAUGAGCUGCGAAAAGCGCAGAUAGAACUCGCGAAAGCAUGGGCACGCUCAGAAGAGGAUGAACAGACACCCGAACAACAGAAGAAGUCACAGGAUAGCAAAGCGAACGAUCUGCAACCACAGAGCCUUGCACACCCUCAUGACGGGGCAGGAUCCGGAAAGGGUGAGAAGUUGUUUGAUCGCAUCAAGCUUGAGGAGGAGACAGAAAAAGAUAUCGAGUUGAGCCGGAAGAGGAGAGAGGAGAAUGACAGGUACUUUGAGAAGGUAAACAAGGGUGUGCAAGAGGUCGUUGUAAGGUUGGAAGAAGUUGCAAAGGCUAUGAGGGGAGUUGAGAGCGAGAGUAAAGAGAUCUGGGGGCAUGGCAGCGAAGAAAGCGUGGACACUGCAAGCGUCACGACGGCACCGAGCGUUACCUGA